AUGGCCCCUCAACGUCGUCGCGCCGGCAAGUCCACGAAGGACGCCCAUGCCAACCUCUCUGCCGAAGAGCGCGUCGCCGCUGGCACGGAAGCCAAGAACCGCGGUAACGCGGCGUACGCCGCCGGCGACCACGCCACGGCCAUCAAGGAGUUCACGGCCGCCAUCGCGUACGAGCCGGAGAACCACAUCUACUACUCGAACCGCUCGGCUGCGUACUUGAGCGCCGGCAACGCCGCGCAGGCGAUGGCCGAUGCCAACAAGUGCAUUGAGAUCGAUGCCAAGUGGGGCAAGGGCUACGCCCGUCUCGGUGCUGCGUACUACUUUAUCAAGUCGUACCAGAAGGCUGUCCAGGCCUACACGAAGGGCUUGACGGUCGACAAGGGCAACAAGCAGCUCCAGGCCGGCUUGACGCAGGCGCAGGCCGCGUACCAGGUGCUCGAGGAAGAGGCCUCGGGUGUCGAGAUGGACGACGCCACGCGCAAGAUGAAGCGCAUGGAGAUCGAGGACAAGAUCAACAAGGCCCGCGCCGAGCCGUGGUUCUCGGAGGUCAUCGGUAUCGAUCUCGGUACGACGUACUCGUGCGUCGGUGUCUGGAAGGACGGCCAGGUCGAGAUCAUUGCCAACAGCGAAGGUAACCGCACGACGCCGUCGUGGGUCGCCUUCAACGAGUCGGAGCGCCUCAUCGGUGACGCCGCCAAGCUCCAGGCUGCCUCGAACGCCACCAACACGGUCUUCGAUGCCAAGCGUAUCAUCGGUCGCGCUUUCUCGGACCCGAUCGUCAAGAAGGACGCUGCUCACUUCCCGUUCAAGAUUGUCGAGGGUGAUGAUGACAAGCCGCUCAUCCAGGUCUCGUUCAAGGGCGAGGACAAGCGCUUCACGCCCGAGGAGAUCUCGUCGAUGGUCCUUACCCGCAUGAAGGAGACGGCGGAGAACUACCUCGGCCAGGAGAUCAAGCAGGCUGUCGUCACGGUCCCUGCUUACUUCAACGACCAGCAGCGUCAGUCGACGAAGGAUGCCGGUGCCAUUGCCGGCCUCGACGUCAAGCGUAUCAUCAACGAGCCCACGGCCGCCGCCCUCGCGUACGGCUUGGACACGAACGCCGGCUCGGACGGCAACAAGGCCAACAUCCUCAUCUUCGAUCUCGGUGGUGGUACCUUCGAUGUGUCGAUCCUCUCGAUCGAGAACGGCAUCUUCGAAGUCAAGGCCACGGGCGGUGACACGCAUCUCGGUGUUCAAGCGCAAGACAAGGGCCUUGACCCCACGUCGUCGGCUCGCUCGAUGCGCCGUCUCCGCACGGCCUGCGAGUCGGCCAAGCGCAUGCUUUCGACGACGACGUCGGCUGCUAUUGAAGUCGACUCGCUCUUCGAGGGCGUUGACUUCUCGUCGACGAUGACGCGUGCCAAGUUCGAGUCGCUCAACGAAGAGUGCUUCAAGCGCACGGAGGAGACUGUCCUCAAGGUGCUUGCCGACGCUAAGAUGAAGCCGGAGGAAAUCACGGAGCUCGUCCUUGUCGGCGGUUCCACGCGUAUCCCCAAGGUGCAGAACAUGCUCUCGGCUGUCUUCGGCGGCAAGGAGCUCUCGAAGUCGAUCAACCCGGAUGAGGCCGUCGCGUACGGUGCCGCCGUCCAGGGUGCCAUCCUCUCGGGCAUCCGCAACGACGCCACGAACUCGCUCCUCCUCGUCGAUGUGACGCCGCUCUCGCUCGGUAUUGAGACGGUCGGCCGCGUCAUGUCAGUGCUCAUCAAGCGCAACACGGCCAUCCCGGUCAAGAAGACGCGCGUCUACACGACCGAGGAAGACUACCAGACGCAGGUCGAUGUGUGCAUCUACGAAGGCGAGCGUGCCUGCGUGGACCACAACAACAAGCUCGGCGAGUUCACGAUCUCGGGCAUUGAGCGCGCCAAGCGCGGUGAGCCGCAGGUCCAGGUGACCUUCGAGAUUGACGCCAACGGUAUCCUCAACGUGUCGGCGCUCGACAAGAAGACGAACGCCAAGGCCGAGACGACCAUCAACAACAACAACGGUCGCCUCACGCAGGAGGACAUUGACCGCAUGGUCGCUGACGCCGAGAAGUUCAAGAAGGACGAUGCUGAGGUGCUCAAGAAGAUCGAGGCCCGCAACUCGCUCGAGAGCUUCAUCUACCGCGCGCUCGAGCUCACUCGCGAGAAGGGCGAUGCCGCCGCCGAGAACACGAUCCGUGAGGCCCGCGAGUGGCUCGAGGACCACGAGGAUGCCACGCUCCGCGAGUUGGAGGAGAAGAAGCGCGUCCUUGAGCGCCUCGUCCGUUAA